UUUCAGGGAACUAGCGGAAAAAAUCAAGAGCAGUCAACUAAUAGAGGUGAUCCUGCUAUUAAGAUACCGAAGGCAUCCCACGUGUCGGCUACGUGUAAGGAUUUGCUUAUGGCUUUGCUGAAGCAUAAUCCUGCCGAUCGAAUAACGUACGAUGAAUUUUUCGCACAUGAUUUUCUGGACCUGGAGCAUGCGCCCACUAAAGAAAAUUAUGAUAAGGCAGUCGCACUGGUACAUAAGGCUGUUGAAAUGGAUACCGAGAAAAAUGCAAAAGAAGCAUUUUAUCUUUAUUGCGAGGCUCUUAGAUAUUUCAUUCCAAUUUUGACAAAUGAGAAUGAUUUAAAACGAAAAGAGAUAUUACGACAUCGCGUGAAUGAUUACAUAAGGAGAGCAGAAACACUCAAAGUGGCGUUUAUAGAUGAAAAUAAGGGCCCGGCGCCUGAAAAUAAAGGAAACAUUUCGUCCCUGCAAAAGAUAGCAUCUUUAGAGAAAAGCUCGGCAUUUGUGUACUUGGAAUUACGAAUUCUCAGUAAAAGUACUACGAAUAUGGCGGAUGCACUUGAAAUAGGAGAAGCUGCUGAACAAUAUCUCGCUGAGGGUAACUAUACCCUGGCUUUAGAAAAGUUUCAAUCCUGUCUAAGUAUACUUAUGCCUCUGUUGGGGAAGGAACCAUUAGGUCGAAGAAGAGAUUUGCUGCAUAAACAGAUACAGAUUUGGAUGAAAGAAGCUGAAAGUACUAAAGGACUUUUGGCUACCAAGGAUAUAGAUGCCUUACAUCGAACAUCCGAUGAACAAUGUAUAUUACAAUAAUUGAUAUAGAUAUAAUUACAUUAAUAAUAUAAUUACAUUAACAUUAAUAGAUAUAAUUACAUUAUAAAAUAAUCAUUAUUUUGGUUAUCAAUAGUUCUCUGUAUCGUUGUACAAAUUUGCCAUUUGUCAUUUUUAUUAUGUAUCAUUCAAUCAUUCAAUUAUGUAAUAAACAAUUUUAUAUUUAUU